GUCAUGUCAAACAACAAUGCAAGCAGCAACCUGGUCAUCGCACAAAGAGCCGUAAAACAACUUCGAUUAGAGGCCAAUGUCCGGAGAAUCAAGGUGUCUCAAGCUGCUGCCGAGUUAAGAAACUUCUGUCUGCAGAAUGCUGCCAAGGAUCCUCUUCUGGUUGGGGUACCGUCCAGUGAUAAUCCUUUUAGGCCACCCAAGUCCUGCUCACUUUUCUGAGAGCUGAAAGCAGCAUGAAGGCACUCUGCAGUUUAUCGCUCAAAGGCUUUCUUUUUCACUUCUACUGGAAAACCCUGUAGCUACCAUCUUCUCAAAAUGGCGGGACAUGGGGCUGAUGGGAUAUGGUGGAUUGGUUCUCUUAUAUGCCAACACUAAUGGUAUCACCAGUUCCAUUUUGUUACAUUCUGAGCAGUGCCAAACUGUAUAUUUUCCAAUACCGGGAAGAUAUUGUUAUUGACACUUGACUAAUGAUAAGAUCUUACUUGGUUUACCCAGAAUUAAACGUAUCUAUUCUCCAUUAACUGCAAUGACACUCAGUAUUUAGUCUGGGAAAUUGAGCCCAUGAUAUGGAGUUUAGCAAGUAAAUAUUUGCCAUGCCUUUUUUUUAAAGCAUAUAGGAAAAGAAUCAAACAUUGAACCAAGUGUCACUUGGGAUUGGGAAACUUUACUGUGUAGUACAGUACAGGUAUUUCUUAGGUAGAUGAUUCACCUUUGUGAAUGAGGCAAACUAGAAAUUCUGAACAAAAAUGUCACUCGUGGAAUUCAUUUUGCAUGGACUAAGGUACCAAUAGAUUUCUGAAUGCAUGAUACAUUCAUGUAUAAAGCUGUCUAUGAUCUGUGUGGCAACAGUGAAUGCAUAUACAUGCUGGCAUCAGGAUAUAAAUGGUACAGGGACAUUAAUACCAACGUAGUGCAGGACACUAUUCUGCUAUCCCAUGUUGCAACUGUAUGGUGAUACAAUCAUCAAUUUGAUUGCCUUUUUCCCCCGUCCAUUUUUAUAUUUAUUUGCUUGCUUAUACAUUCCAGUGGUGAGCCUGUAUUAAUUUGUCUGUUUAUUCUGUUAUCAUGUGGAAAGAAUACUCAAAUGUCAAAUUGAACACAAAAUAUCUGAUACAUUGUAUAGAGGGCAAUGUAAUUUAACUGAUACAAAGAUGAAUAUGAUAAAUAUGGGCAUAUUGCAAAAGUUCACUUCUUUAUAAAAUUGUAUACAUCUAAAUAUUCAUUGGACCUCAUGCAGGAAUAUUCUUUUACCUUUCCCUUAUAUUUGUUUAAUUUUAUUAAAGUGGCAGUAGACAACCUUUUUGUUUGAACUUAUUAUGAAGUAAAUGUUGAUUGCACAGUGUAAUGGCUAUAGAAUAAUGACACCACCAGCAUUUAGAUUGGUUCCCUAUAACCCUUGCUUUCACUUGCUUUUACUCUGCAAUUCUGUCUGCCACCGGGCAUGAUCUUGCAGUAAAGUGAAGGCUCAAUUUAUGGCACAAAGGAAGCGCAACAGCCAUUGCGCAACCAAACUAGAAAGAGGAUGGUGCUUUUGUUUUCCCUGGUAGCCAUCCCCUGUAGUGGAAAUUGCAGAUGGUGGAACAACUGAAGUGACAGUGGAAACUCUGCCUGGCUAGAGAAAAAGAAUCCCGUGGAUGAAACGGGCAAAGGACACGAGGAGGGAGAGAGAUAGAAACAGGUAAAACAAGAGUGAACCUCAGACGGACAUUCACUUGAUGGAGCGAGCUCCAGUUUUGUAUCAAGCUCUGUUUCCCUGUUGAGAUCUGUUUCCCCCAAGCCAGACGAAAGCGUUCCCAUGAAAACAGGUUAGCUAUCGGUUACAAUUCGGUUAAGGUAAGCAUUAGGUUAAGCUUAGGGUUAGGUUGAGGUUAGGUUAAGUUUAGGGUUAGGCUGAGGUUAGGUUAAGUUUAGGGUUAGGCUGAGGUUAGGUUAAGGUUAAUUAAGUGUCCUGGUUUUGUAUUGAACUUUGGCUAGGGGGGAAUAUCUUGACGGGGAAACAGAGAUCGAGAGGGUUCCAAACCGAUAUUCAGUUGGCACUCUUUCUACUGGAUCAGUAAGUAACACAACCUGCCUAUUUAUUAAUACUACCAGAUGUUUUACUCUGCCUUUAUCAUAACACUGAAUUUGAGGUUUCUAGUUUAAAUUGGGAUUGUUACAGUUGUUUCUUGCUUUGGACAGUGGCCAGGCUCGGGGGGGCUGAAACAUUGUCUACUGCCACUUUAAAUUUGUUGUUAAAUUUGCAAAGUGUAUAAGAAAAAUCUAAUCGGAUUCAUGAAUCAUUCUUAGCUACCCAUAUUGGCCCUUAUACAAGUUUCUUGGUUGUUGAAAGCCACUUGUUCAUAAAUUGAAUGUGCUAACUAGUGAACCUUCAACUAGCACAUUUGGCACCUCAAAAAGUCAAUGUAAGGACAGUUUAUUUUUAGUGUUGUGUAAAACAGAAAAACGAUUUGGAGGAAUCUGGACAGAUGCUCAGGUGCUGCCUUUACCGCCAGACAUGUUGCUGUAAAAAUGGAUCUAAAGUGUCGCUAGCUGUAGUUAUGCAUGCUGGUUAUGAGCAGUGUGCGGGAGUUUAAUUAGUGUUACGUGUGCUUUAGCUUUACACCUUCUGUUUGCAUCAGCGUUAAUAAUUGGUAGGUAUACAAAGGAUUUUCUAAGAACUGACAAGGAAUUAUUCAAAGCAGGGCCCUACUGGUCUCAAUCCAUAUGAGCUGGCAGUAGCAUUUCUGCCUCCAUUUAAAUAUAUUUUCCGUAUCAGAACAGAAGGUAUCUGGAAAUGAUAACAGCAUUUUUUAAAUUUCCUCCAAUAUUGAAACUAUUCUUUCCAUGAGGUAUACAAACAAUUUGUGGACUUUUCCCUCUUGAAAAUACAUGGUUGACUGAGACUUGUGCAUAUUUAUUUGCAGCAUGUCUGUAUCGCUCUCUCAUUCAGGUCAUACCAACGAACAAAUACAAAAUAAAAGGACUGGUAAAUGCCUCAAGAGUUCUUAAAUAGUUUGCAGCACAAUUUAUGAACAGAUCUGUGUGUAUCAACAGUUUUUUACAUGAGGCCCACUGCAUUAUAUUUGAAAGAUUUUGUUUAGCUAUUGUCUGGAAUGAAAUUAUGAGUUGAUUAAAAGCGCCAUGUACUAAAAUUUUUAACAUUGUUAAUCUGUCUUAAAUUUGCUACUGUGCCCAACUUUAAAAUUUCAUUAAAUUGCUUUGUUGAACACUGAAUAUUGUAUGGUGAUUAAAUCUUUAUCAAGUGUGUCUAAUGUCUGCAAGAAAAGAGUACUUGCACGUUGUGAGGGUUUUUUUUCUUUCUUUCUGAUUAAACCGGGGAACAUGCAAACUCCACACAGAGGACGACCUAGGAUGACCCCCAAGGUUGGACAACUCCGGGGUUCGAACCCAGGACCUUCUUGCUGUGAGGCCACAGCGCUAACCACCGGGCCACCGUGCUGCCCAAAAUUUGCAAGACAUCAUCCUCCUAGAGAAAGGCUUGUACUAUACACUUUUUUGAAUAUUGAAUUUGUACUAUGUAAAUUUGCCAGUAUACAUUCAUCACACAUUAAAGGUCACAAUGGGAGAGCCGAGGCAUGCUGUUG